GGACGGGUGAGGAUCCGCCCCUUGCAGCUUGGUGGCCAACGCCUUGGCCCAGGGCUAGCUAGAGCCGAGCAGGUUCACGGACUCCAGAGACCGGGAGCUUUACGAGCUGGGAGGCGGUGCCCUAGCACCCCAGCUAACUUCCCUACAGGCCUUGGCCUUAACAGCAAGAAGAAUUCCUACUGGUUUUUAAUUAAAAUGGAAAAAUAUGAGAACCUAGGAUUGGUUGGAGAAGGGAGCUAUGGAAUGGUGAUGAAGUGUAGGAAUAAAGAUAGUGGAAGAAUUGUAGCCAUCAAGAAGUUCUUAGAAAGUGAUGAUGACAAAAUGGUUAAAAAAAUUGCUAUGCGAGAAAUCAAGCUACUAAAGCAACUGAGGCAUGAAAAUCUCGUGAAUCUGUUGGAAGUGUGGAAGAAAAAAAAGCGAUGGUACCUAGUCUUUGAAUUUGUUGACCAUACAGUUCUUGAUGACUUGGAGCUCUUUCCAAAUGGACUAGACUACCAACUAGCUCAAAAGUAUUUGUUUCAGAUUAUCAGUGGAAUUGGAUUUUGUCACAGUCACAAUAUCAUACACAGAGAUAUAAAGCCAGAGAAUAUAUUAGUCUCCCAGUCUGGUGUUGUCAAGUUAUGUGAUUUUGGAUUUGCGCGGACACUGGCAGCUCCUGGGGAGGUUUAUACUGAUUAUGUGGCAACCCGAUGGUACAGAGCUCCAGAACUAUUGGUUGGUGAUGUCAAGUAUGGCAAGGCUGUUGAUGUGUGGGCCAUUGGCUGUCUGGUAACUGAAAUGCUCAUGGGGGAACCCCUUUUUCCUGGAGAUUCUGAUAUCGAUCAGCUAUAUCAUAUUAUGUUGUGUUUGGGUAAUCUCAUUCCAAGACAUCAGGAGCUGUUUUAUAAAAAUCCUGUGUUUGCUGGAGUAAGGUUGCCUGAAAUCAAAGAAACGGUUCCUCUUGAAAGACGCUAUCCCAGGCUCCCUGAAGUUGUGAUAGAUUUAGCAAAGAAAUGCUUGCAUAUUGACCCAGACAAAAGGCCCUUCUGUGCUGAGCUCCUGCACCAUGAUUUCUUUCAUAUGGAUGGAUUUGCUGAGAGGUUUUCUCAGGAACUGCAGUUAAAAGUACAGAAAGAUGCCAGAAACAUUUCUUUAUCUAAAAAACCCCAAAACAGAAAGAAGGAAAAGGAAAAAGAUGAUUCCUUGGGUGAAGAGAGAAAAACACUUGUGGUACAGGAUACAAAUGCUGAUCCCAAAAUUAAGGAUUCUAAAGCAUUUAAAGUAAAAGGAUCAAAAAUGGAUGGAGAAAAAGUUGAAAAAGUCAGUCGAGCUUCAAACACCAGCUGUCUCAAUGACAAUGGGAUGAGCCACAUCAAAACAGUGCCUUCAACAAGCCUCCGACAUGGCAGCAAUGGCAGCGUGGGCCACACAAGAAAUCCAGGCAUGGCAAUUCCUCCACUUACGUACAACCUUUCUGCGGUGGCUCCCACUGUUAAUUCUGGAAUGGGAACUAUCUCAGGAGCUCAGAGUUACAGAGUGGAUGAGAAAACCAAGAAGUAUUGUAUUCCAUUUGCUAAACCAAAUAAACAUUCUCCAGCAGGAGUUUAUAAUAUUAAUGUGACCACAUCGUCACUGAAGAAGAAUGUCAGUCUUUCUCUUCAGGAAUCUCGUGGUUUAGUAGAGAAUCAACACAUUAAAACAGUGUCAGAUUGCAGUAGUAGAAGCAUGUCAAGAUUCAGAGGUCUUCUGAAGGUUCAGAGGAGCGUUAUUAUGCUGAACACAGCUGCCAGAAUGCUUCUUUUUAAAGUUAAGUUGAAUCAUCAUUGUUCUUCCACUCAAAACCCUCCAUUGGCUUCUCAUCUCUGAGUAAAGACCAAAGUGCUUUUAGGGCCUGUUAGUCCCUGAGUGACUCACUCCCUCAUCCCUCUAUCCCACCCCUGGCUACUCUCAUUUUUGAUCACUCCAUUCCAACCACACUGACUGCCUUGUUAUUCCUGGAACAUGGCAAGAUAUACUCCCACAUAUGGGUUUUUGUACUUGCUAUUUCCUCUGUUUUAGAACAUUCUUUCCCCAGAUAAUCCAAAGAAUUUGCUUUUUCUCCUCCUUGGCUUACAUGAAACCUUAUUGUGAGGUCUUCCCAAAUAUUUUAACUCAUUUUGUCUAUUAUUCUCUCCCCUCCCCUUGCUUAAUUGUUUUUCUUCCAUUGCCUUACCUGACAUCCUCUAUUCUCUUAUUUAUAUAUGGUCUGUCUCUCCCUCCCCCUGCCCACUACCCCGAAUGUAAACUUCCAAGGAAGGAUUUGUGCUUUGUUUGUUUUCCUCACUGCUCUGCCCCACACCUAGAACAGUGUCUAACGCAUUGAAGCUGCUUAAGAAGUGUGGUGAAUAGAUUUUUCUGCCAAGGAAGGGGAGGUAUGGGUGUAUUCCCCAAAGAGUAUUUUUCUCACAAAUUUCCCUUCUCUACCUCUCCCAUUAUCCUCAGAGCUGAAAAAUAUAGCCUUCUUUUCAUAUCUCUCAUGAUUGCAUUUGUUUUUCUUUUAACUAUUCUUAGCCUAUAAUUUCGGUACCCAUAAUACUUUCCUUUUUGAUAUAUCCUACUCAUUUAUUUAUGGAUAUUUUUGUGUUUUACCUUCCUGGUCUGCUCUGGAAGAUUAUUUUGAUCAGCAAGUCUUUUCAAAGUAGCUGGCUCAAUACCAUUUUGCUGGAAUUGAUAUUAGCCUUCUUUCGGGCAUUGCAUUAUCAAUGCUGGCUGAUAAUCUUAGAUCUCAUUUCUGUUUAUCCUUCUUUAGAAUAGGCAAUCAAGAAAGGAGGUAAAGAUUAGUAGGGAGAAGACCCACUGGAGUCUUUUCUUAAUGAAAAUUAACCGAGGCAGAACUAAGGCUGAACUUUCUUCAGCUUCUAGGUUGAACAUCGAUAGGCUUCUCCCAUGCUUUAUGCCCUGAUUCUGAGAUGUGAAUACAUAUAUUAUUAUAAACAUCUCUUAUGUAUUUUAUGUGUCACUUUUUUUUUUUUUGUAAAUUUAUUUAUUUUUGGCUGCGUUGGGUCUUCAUUGCUAUGUGUGGGCUUCUCAUCGCGGUGGCUUCUCUUGUUGUGGAGCACGGGCUCUAGGUGCACGGGCUUCAGUAGUUGUGGCCUGCGGGCUCUAGAAUGCAGGAUCAGUAGCUGUGGCGCACAGGCUUAGUUGCUCCGCAGCAUGUGGGAUCUUCCCGGACCAGGGCUCGAACCCGUGUCCCCUGCAUUGGCAGGCAGAUUCUUAACCACUGCACCACCAGGGAAGUCCAUGUGUUACUUUUUGAGUAUAUAAAUCUAGUAGUUUGGACUCAUUAUUUUAUUGUUUUAUACUUGCAGAUAGUUUUUUUUUUAACUAAUUAUUUUAUUUUACAGCUGAUUUGAACCUUGAGCCUUAGCACUCAUUCUAUUAAAAGAGCAAAUAGAGGGGGCUUCCCUGGUGGCACGGUGGUUGAGAAUCCACCUGCCAAUGCAGGGGUAAUGGGUUCGAGCCCUGGUCCAGGAAGAUCCCACAUGCCACGGAGUAACUAAGCCCUUGUGCCACACUACUGAGCCUGUGCUCUACAGCCCAUGAGCCACAACUGCUGAGCCCGUGUGCCACAACUGCUGAAGCCCGCUUGCCUAGAGCCCGUACUCUGCAUCAAGAGAAGCCACUGCAAUGAGAAGCCCAUGCACUGCAACAAAGAGUAGCGUCCGCUCUCUGCAACUAGAGCAAGCCCAUGUGCAGCAACGAAGGCCCAACGCAGCCAUAAAUAAAUAAAUAAAUAAAUUUAUUUUUUUUAAAAAAAGAGAGAGCAAAUAGAAACAGCCAAAAGAAAGACACUCAAAAGCUCACUACAGGACUUUUGAAGACUUUCUGAGAGGCAGAGUAGCAUAAUUCACAGAAUAUUAAACUCGAGGUAUCUGGAAUCUCAGUGGCUUGACACUGUCAUUAUACUCUUUGUGUGUAUAUUUCAGUAUACAUACAUAUAUGUGGAUAUACAUGGACAUACAUAGGAUUUCAUUAUCUAUAUGUGGUUUGUUUCCUUUUAGUAAAUCAUAUAAUCUCUCUAUGUAUCAUCUGUUUUGAAAAUGUGGAAAAGAAUGUAGAGUUUCUGUGAUUCUCAAAUGAAACAGAUUGGGAACUUGUCAGAUUCAUAAAGGUGCAGAAGUGAAGUGCUGCUGUGCUGUUCUUCUCUUUAUUAUUUUUCCAGACUUUAUCAAAUAUGAAGUAAUAGUGCUUAGAAAGAUUAGGAAUAUGAUUGAAGUUAUAAUUUUAUACUUAAUAAACUGUAUUUCUAGGAAAAUGAUAUUUGCUAACAGUGAGGAGUAAGACAAGGACAGAUGUAAGAGAAUGAGUCACAAGAUUAUUAUUGGGAAAGCAAAAAAUGUGCUAGGAGAUGUGAUAUACAUGACAAGAUGAACUAUUCAAAAUUCAUGUGGCAACAGCAACUAUGCUAAAAAGCCCAGCAAGUGUCAUAAGACCUGACCUUGCUGGCCUGAAAGACCAGGACACUGAUGCCCAUCUUUUAACCUCGUACUGCUUGCCAGGACUUACACUGAAGUUUGGUGGGGGGAGAAGGAGAAACAUAGCAACCAACCAAUCUGCUUGUUAGUAAUUUUAAUAGAUUUAAAGAGGAAGAGGUUUGAAAUAACUGGAUGAAAUUGUUUUGUAUGUUAUUAGUGUUCUUCAAAUUUUGUAUUAUUCUAGCUUUUCAAUUCUAUAAAUUUUAGGAUAUGAACAUAGUAGUUAUGAAAGGGGGCAAGCUUACCUGGAGGCUAAUUCAUUUGUGUUAACCAUUCUGAUGA